GAGAGCGAGAGAGAGGAAGAGAAAGCGAGAGGAGGGGAAGAACUUUAGGGAAAACAGCCGCCCAGUUACCAAAUGCUAUUUAUAAGAACUGUCUUGAACUUAACACAGACUGAACUGGAUUUUAAACAUAUUAGUUUGGACGAAACGCAAACAAGAUGAGGUGACAGUUAAUUAUGUAUCCUUUAUGUUUCUCAUGAUCUGUUUGUGAUCUUCACAAAACUCUGUGAGCCAUGAGUGUCCCCAUUGCGUUUACUCUUCUCGUCCUGUGUGUGGUCAAAGUCCAGUGUGGUCAGGAGAGUUCUGCAUGUCCUCGGAAAGAAUCGGAUCCUGGUGUGUUGGCCUUAAAUGUGGGGUCAGAGGUUAUCCUGAGCUGCAGGGGCGAUGUCACUGUGGAUAGCGUGCCAUUAGUAAUGGGAACAAAACACAAAGAGAGACUCAAGAGAAGAGGAGAUGUAACUAGCCACUGGAGACCCCAAAAAGCUAAAGAGAGCACUGAUACUAGCACUGCAACUAUAACAGAUAAAGUCAGUAAAUAUGUAACCGAUGCUAAUCCAGUUAUAAGCUCAACAAAGGAGAAAAUGGAGGGUGGGCAAAUUUUGCAGACUGUCAAUCAAUUCAACCCAAACAUUGUGGGCAGAGUAACAGAAGAAGGAGGGGCUUUUAGCAUAACCAUGGAAAUGGGUUUGAGCUCUGAGAGCACCAGCACAGAAUAUGAAGAAGAUGAGGACUAUGAUGAGAAUGUGGAGGGAGUGAGAGUGACCAGGUCCAUUAAGAGGCAAGCACAAUGGAGGAGGAAUGGUCAGCUCAUGAGAGACGGUGUGGAACAUGGCGGGGCUUUGAGGCUUCCUUCUCUUCGGUUGACUGACUCAGGGAACUACAGCUGUUAUAGGAGAGGCAAACUAGUUUCAUCAGUUAAAAUCAGUGUUGGCAUCUCUCCAGUGAGCCCUACCUUGUCAUGUCACAAGAUAUCCCACAUCAGCAAAAUCCGGUGUGAGUGGAUAUCAAGACAGCCCAUCAUCCCACAUCCUCAGUGUUACCUGCUCUACUGGAAAGGAUUUGAGAAAAUCUCCCAUGUGAAUUGUUCAUACUCUGCUUCAUGUUCCUGCUGCUGGUGUGUAUUACCCAGUGAAGAAAAUGACAGAAAUGUAUAUACAGCUAAACUGUGUGUGACUAACACAGCAGGCAAUGCUACCAGCUCUCUAUACAACUAUAUUCCUCAAAACAUCAUUAAGCCUGAUCCUCCAGAGGACGUUCAAGUGAAGCCGGUCAAGGGUGAGCCUCACAUUCUGAAUGUCUCCUGGUCUUUACCUGCCACCUGGAUGUGGGAGGUGUACUACACCCUUCAAUUCCAGAUGAAAUAUCGCCCUCUACAUGCAAAAAAGUGCCAGCAGGUGGUCACAGAGAGUAGAGUCUGGUUAAUUUUGGAUGCUCUGCCAGACACUGACUACGAGAUUCAGAUUCAAGCAAAAGACGAGUACGAAGGGCAUUGGAGUGACUGGACUAGUCCUGUGCAUGCACGCACAUGGACAGCUCCUAAAACCACUGUUGCCCCUGAUAUCAGUACUCUGGGGCCGAUUUGGAUAUUUCCUGAAGGUUCGGGGGGGACAAAAGAUGACAUAGAUUUUAUGCCUGCUGAUGACAGUGAUGAAGUAAUGUGGGUGUAUGUGCUGUGGGUGAUGGGAUUCUUCCUCCUUAUAACCAUCAUUAUUCUCACUGUCUACUCUCUCAGAUGGACAAUGCCAUUCCUGACUAAAAAUAACCAGGGGAGUGUAUCUUCAGCCCGCUCUUGUUCUUCUCCUUUUCCUCUCCUUCAGCAGCCCCUGAAAACUCUGAAAUGCAGCUAUAAGGAAAAGGAAGCUGAUCGCAUGUUGACUACUUUUUCUCCCUGUGAAUCUUAUAGGUCUUAAGCAAACAACCUGUUACAUUGCCAAGUCCAGUAUUCCGGCACCAACACACACACACACACACACAUUACUCCAUUGGGUGUUUUUUUAUUUUUCAGAUAUUGGGUUAUGACCUUCAUCUGCCCAAUGUAAACAAUGUUAAGCUGUAAAUGCUCUUAUAGCUUUUGUUUAAAUUCAGAUUUAAGGCAGAGUAAAACCUGAAAAUGUGAAUCAGUGGCACUAAGCUAAACUUCAUUCACUUUGUGAAAAACUGCUUGCUUGAUUUAAUGUCAUUGAUUCAUAAAUCAAUGACAGUGUUUUUCAGUGUUUUUUUAUACAUAAAGCAAAAUUACAUUACAAAACGGGAACCUGGUACCUCUUUACUGUGUAGAAUGUACUGAAGCAAACACUACAGAAAUGAAUAAAAAUGUUGCAAUAUA